AUGAGGCUAGGCUUGGCGUUCAUAUUAGCUGUCCUUUUGAGCCGCAGCAUUGAGUGCAGGCCGUUAUUCAGUAAUGAAUUCAGUUGUGAGAAUAAGACCUUCAACAAGCUGCUGGUCAUCUCAUUUGAUGGCUUCAGAUGGGACUACGACCAGGAUGUAGAAACACCAAACAUGGACAAGCUGGUAAAAGAAGGAGUGAAAGCCAAAUACAUUACACCACCAAUGAUUACCAUGACCUCCCCAUCUCACUUCACCACCAUCACUGGGAGAUGGCCAGAGGAUCAUGGUGUUGUGCACAAUAUGAUGUUCAACUCCACAACGCUCUUAAAACUGACUCAUAAGGCCACUCAGAAUCGCUCUGAAUGGUGGGACAACGGGGCCAUGCCACUGUGGAUUACUGCUCAGGAGCAGGGCCUGAAAACAGCUUCGUUUCACUAUCCAGGAGGUGGAGCUAAUUACAGUGGACAGUCUGUGAACCGUUCUCUGGUUGAGUCCUACAAUCACCUAGACUCCAAUGAAACAGAGUGGCGUGAGAACAUUGACAUUGUCAUGGGCUGGUUCACCAAGGAGGCCUUUGACUUUGUCACGCUGUACUAUGGUGAGCCUGACAAGGUUGGACACGCAAAAGGACCAGAUCACUCAGACCGAAAAGUAAUCGUCAAACAGAUCGACAGAACUAUUGGAUACCUACUGGAGGCCAUCGAUCGGUACAAGCUGACCCAGUGUCUGAAUGUCAUCAUCACUUCUGACCAUGGCAUGACCACCAUCAAGAAGAAACCGGAGGUGGAAGAGAUCAAACUCUCCAACUUCAUGCAGUAUAACAAGUUGGUGUAUUUUGACCUGCUUGACUAUGGUGGUUUUGGUAUGAUCAGACCAAAGGAAGGUAAAGAGCAAGAGGUGUACAAUGCCCUGGUGAAUGCCCAUCCCAACCUGACAGUCUACAAGAAAGAAGAGAUUCCUGAGAGCUUCCACAUUGCCAAAAACAGCAGAAUACUGCCCAUUGUUCUCAUGGGUGAUUUGGGCUACAACCUAAACUCGCAAUUAAUAUUCUACGUUAACAAAGGAGACCAUGGCUUCCACAACGGAGAGAUGGACAUGAAAACCAUCUUCAGGGCUUUUGGCCCAGACUUCAAGAAAAAUUAUUUGGCGGAGCCAUUUGACAGCAUCAACAUCUACCCACUGAUGUGCAAGCUACUGGGGGUGACCCCUGCCCCAAACAAUGGCUCUCUGUCAUUCACAGAGGGGAUGCUGGCCAGCACACCUGGGGGAAAUGGAAGCGAAUCAUCCAGUCAUGCAUCUUUCAACCUUGUGGCAGCAAUGAUCUUCUUCCUGGUCCUUCAGAUGUAG